UUGAUUUUUUGUUAUUCUGUUUAUGUCUCUUUUACUUACUAAAAACUGUCACUACGCGAUCCUUGUGGCCAUUGAGGAUGGUCAACAACUCAAGGCUGAAACAGAUAAAGACAUUUACGUUACAUCUCGAUUGGAUCUACAAUUACCACCUCAAGUCGAUGAUCUGAUCCCACCUAGCACACGCUUGUCCACACGUUCUGCAUUAUUUACGGAAACACCACAAUGGCGAACAACAUUGGUCUAUUACUUGUCUCGACAAAUCUUGACUCGAUUAAGAAAACGACAAACUCAUGUGACGCUAGACAUCAUCAAACACUUGGGAUCUGUUGAACUCAAUAUGCAAGAUGCCAAAAUAGUCCUGAUGAACAAAGGCAAUCGAGAUAUUACUCAGAUUCAACAAUUCGUGGUAGAUAAAGGUGAAUGGCAUGCCAUUCAUCAUCCAGAUCAUCCUGUCAAGGGCAAAAUCAAGGCAGGUCUUUUCUUUGUGGAAAUGCCAAACAAUGUGGAAAAUUCUGCAGCAACCAACAAAGAAGUGGGUACGCCUGUUCAGGCACCUGUUAGAACAAAGCCCAAUAGUUUUGCUGCCAGUCUUCGAAGCCAAAGUACAGAAUUAGGUCUUGAAAUAAGCACAGAUGUCAGCAAAGUAUUUAAUCAACAAGAAGAUAGCUCAUUACUAGAUGACGAUGAUGACUAUCUACCUCUUGAAGAUAAUACGCAACAAGACUUAUUAGACGAAGAAGACGAGGAUGAUGACUACAGUAGCCAGAUUAUUGCCAUAGGACAAGGAACGGAUCAGUAUACAUUUGUAUUUCGUAUACUAGAAGCUAAAUAUAUCUCUUCCCUUUUAAGUCAAUACAAUAAUGAAAUUGAAAUUGCAUGUAUUCAAUAUAGAUUCGCAAAUCAAAUCUAUCAGUGCAAUGUAGAUACUCAACAAGAUACUUGGGAAGCACUAGAGUAUCACAAAAGUGUGUUUCUUCAGGGUCAUCUUGAAGAUAUCAAGGAGUGGUUAUCAGAACAAAUAUGUAUUGAAGUAUGGCUGGCAGUCAAACCAACGAGUGAAGAGCAAGAUGUGAUUAUGGGUUAUUCGGAAGUUUAUCUCAAAGACCGAGAUUUGGGUAUUAUUCAGCAGUCCAGUAUCAUUUAUGAUGCUAACAAAGUAUGGCAUAUCAACUCUAAAAAGCAAUUUGCUCAACUGCAACUUCAGAUUGGUCUGACUGAAGGCUGGAGUGAACCUGAAUUACCUGAAUUACUCAAAUAAAUUCUCCGCUUGCAUUUCCAUUGUUACCUCUUUUUAUAUAUCAAA